UGGGUGGAGGAAUCGGCUCACAUAAGAUCACAGAGCUGCAGCCUCCUCCCUUCAAAAGCCUGUGUGUACCUUAGAACCUACAGGAAGCUGUCAAAGAGUGUCUUCUGCACAGUCAACAUGUGGUGGGGAGUUCUCAGCUUGCUGUCCUGGGUCCCGCUGCAAGCAGCCUUUCUGGACACAGAAAACAUCACAGUAGAGGAAGGCCAGACGCUCACCCUGAACUGUGUCACCCCCCUGACAAAGAACGCCUCUCUCCAGUGGCUGGCCCCUUCCGGGUUCACCAUUUUUUUUAACCAGUAUCCUGCUUUAAAAGGCUCCAAAUACCACCUUCUCCACCACUCGCCCACACAGCUCUCCAUCAGUGUGCCCAACGUAACCGUGCAAGAUGAGGGCGUGUACAAAUGCUUACACUAUGGAAGCUCUGUGAGGACGAAGCAAGUGAGGGUGACCGUGUUAGUGACUCCUUUCAAGCCGACUGUGGAAGCUACGGUUGGCAGAAGGCAGAACGGAGAAAAACAUGUUGUACUGAAAUGCUCCACAGAGAGGAGUAAGCCCUCUCCGCAAAUCACCUGGAUGCUGGGGAGUCAUCUGGAGAUCUCUAGUGGACUCCAUCAUAAGUUUGAACCUGAUGGGAAAACGUGUAACACCACCAGCAUGCUCAUUGUCCACACAUACAACAAAAACUCAACAGUGCACUGCAUUAUCCGACACAGGGGCCUGCAUGGGCGGAAGCUGGUGGCCCCCUUCCAGUUUGAAGAUUUGGCUGCAGAUGAAGAAACAGCUUCAGAUGCCCCUGAGCAGAUGUCUCUCUCCUCUCUAGCCCCCCAGCAGCCCACGAGUAUGGUCUCAAUGAUGGAAAAUUCCAGUAUACAGGAGACUGACAAGGAAGAGAAAGAUCAUGUCACUCGGGACCAUGACUUCAUGACUGAAGCCAGUGCUCAGUACUCAGGCCUGGAGAAGAGGAACAGUGGCAUCCUGCUGCUCACGCUGGUGUCCUUCCUCAUCUUCAUCCUCUUCAUCAUCGUUCAGCUCUUCAUCAUGAAGCUCCGUAAAGCACACAUGAUUUGGAAAAGGGAAAGUGAAAUUUCAGAACAAACUCUAGAAAGCUACAGGUCAAGAUCCAACAAUGAAGAAACAUCUUCCCAAGAGAAUGACAGCCAGACUUCCCGGUCUAAGCAUUGUAUGAACUACAUCACACAGUUAUACUCAGGAGUCAAAACAAAGAGGAAGGAGAAUGCACAGCGUUGGAAACUAGAAGGCAAACACAGUCGUGUCCCAGAGAGCAUUGUAUAAGUGUUCCCUGCAACGGAAGAUAGGAUU